AUGCCCACCAUCACUGACAGGUAUACCGUGCUACUCAAAGAUGGCGUAACCACAGCUACAAUCUACCCAAUCUCCAUCAAUGAUAACAUCCCGUAUGGUCUCUUGCAUUUUCUAUACGAGGAGUAUAAUAUGGAGAUAGAAAGAGGUGAGACCUUACCAUUUUUUGACCCUCUAUCCAUUGAGGAAUUUUCAAACUACUGGUUUGAAUCAUUUGCAGCUGUUAUGUGUUUAGGAGAUCUCCCCCUAGUGGUAAAUGGAGACAGUCACCAGGAUAACUUUCAUGAUGUUGAUGAUAGAGAAUGGGAAAAGGAGUGCCUUGGCGCAUUCUACAUCAAACCAAACUUCCCUGGACGACGAUGUGCUCACAUUUGUACAGCCGAGUUUAUAGUAAAUGCUGGUAUUCGAGGCAAGGGAAUAGGUAGGACAUUAACAGACUGCUUUUUGCAAUGGGCACCAAAAUUGGGAUAUACAUAUACCAUGUUCAACUUGGUAUUUGAAAGUAAUGCGGCGGCAAGAAAGCUUUGGGAGUCACUUAAUUUUAAAAGAGUGGGUAAGAUAGCCAAUGCCGCAUAUGUCAAGGGUAGCGAAAUUCCCGUUGACGCAAUCAUUUAUGGAAGAGAUUUGAUGCCCAAACCUGUAACUGGUGGUGAUUCUAGUGCUUAUAGAUUUGACCAGCUCAAGUAUUACUUGGAGACGGGGAAGUAUCCAACUACGGCCGAUAAACAAGAAAAGGCCCGUUUGAGGGCUAGCGCAGUGAAAUAUAGUGUGGAGAAUGGAAAGUUGAUGUUUAAAGGUAAAGAGGUGAUUGCUGAUCCCGAUCAACAAUUGAGGAUAUGUCAGGAUGCACAUCGCAGUAAUGGUCAUUGUGGGAUAAAUCGAGCCACAACACUUAUUGCAGAGAAAUACCACUGGACAAGGAUAAAAGAAACAAUGGGCGUUGUGGUGAAGAAUUGCACACAAUGUACCAAGUCUUCUCAAACAAACGAGGAGUCGGUUUCAUUACUUCGUCCAACUAAGAAAAGACGAAUUAAUGAGCAAACUCAAAAUGGAAAUAAAAGUGGAGCUGGAAAAGACAAUGAAUUGGAAGCUGAUAGCAGAGAAGGUGUGGGUCUUAGUGCACAUUUACGAGCAGUAGUCUCAGAAGUGCAAGCUAACCACAGAGAAGAGUAUCGACCGUCAUAUGCAGAAGUUGCUGCUUCAUCACUAACAAACUAUCCGCUGUACAUCAGAAGCAGCAGCAAAAGCAACAGUAACAGCAAAAUCAGGAAUAGUACCACCACUAGUACUACUGCUCCAGCUUUAGUUACCACUCAGGAUGCAGAUCUUGAAGCAGAAGUCGUACGCCCAAGAGUUAAAAAAUACCACUAG